AUGUCCCUCCCCAAUGGCCAACACGCAUGGCAGCCGCCGUCUCUCCAUCAUCAGCCCUCCAGCCGCCUGUUCCAUCAACUUGACGAUGGUCCUGCGCGCAACGGAACCCCCGUCGACCACUCGAUGGCGCUGAUGCCUGAGGCACCACCUGAUAUUGAAGACGAGCGACGACGCGCCUUGUUCAAGGACCUCUAUCACAAGAGCGAGGCAAAGAUCGCGUUGCUAUUCGCCGAUGAUGGAUCAUACAACUAUUCCGCCAUCGAUGCGCUGCGCCGCCCCUCCGCCCCCUCCCCCUCAAUCUUACCCCCUACCACCGACCAUGCGCCGAUUCAGGAGCCUCCAUUAAAGAAGGCCAAGCGGGUCAUCGACGAAGACGACUACGGCGAUGACGACGAUGAAGAUGAAGAAGACGCGACAUCCGCCGACCCGGGCAAGUCUGGGAGCGGUACCGCGGCCGCUGGCGCCGGCUCUCUCCUCUCCCCUUCCAAGUCCGGCAGUUCGCCCGUGCACUCCGUCAGCUCGCCCGGCAAACAGCUCGAGAAACUCAAGCAGGCCGAUGGGUCCCAGGACCUGACCAAGACGAGCGAGGAUGCGCGCAAACAGCUCGAGGAGGCGCGCAACGCGACCGAAGAAGCGGCGCGGCGGAGCUUCCAUACCAUUUUUUACACCCUCGAAAACGACCGGACAGCUAUGCUCGAGCAGCAGCAGCUGGAAGAGUCGGAGAAGCAAUUGCAGGCCGAAAUGGAAAACAAUAAUAAUAACGCCACGCACGGCACCCAACCCGAGAACCACGGAUCGCUCAGCAGCGCCAACCUCGGCGCGUCGAGCCUCACCCUCAAGCACCUGAUUGCGAGGAUUGAUAUGAAGCGUGACCAGGUUCGCGCCUCGGAUGCUGAACUGCGGUCGCUCAUGAACGAAGUGCGAAAGAACCGGAGCAAAUGGGCCAGCGAGGAGAAUGUCAACCAGGAAGAGCUGUACGAGGCUCUCGAGAAAGUCUUGACGGAAUUGAAGGCACAUACGGAAUACUCGACACCCUUCUUGCAAAGAGUCAACAAACGCGACGCGCCCGACUACUAUAAUCUCAUCAAGCAGCCUAUGGAUAUGGGGUCCAUGACAAAGAAACUCAAAUCCCUCACCUACAAAUCCAAGGCGGAAUUUGUCACCGACCUAAACCUGAUAUGGGACAACUGCCUGCGAUACAACCAAGACAUGGGCCACCCUCUCCGAAGGAUGGCCAAUGGCAUGCGUAAGGAGGCCGAGAAGCUCAUCCCCCUCAUCCCGGACCUCGUCAUCCGCCCGCGAGCCGAGGUUGAGGCCGAAGAACGCCGUAAACAGAAUGGUGGUGAAGAGGAUGGCGGCGACGACUCGGAUGACGAGCCAAUUAUGUCGUCUCGCGGCCGUACCGCUGGAACCAAGGGUGCCAAGUCUCGGAAACAACCCGCGGAUCAGAAGGAGGGCACCCCGGGCGUCGACCAGAAGCCGGUCCUGCAUCUCAACGGUAUCUUGGCCAAGGGCCGAGAAGGCUCUGAGGCCGUUGACGGGAGCGGAUUCGGCACCCCAAUUGCGGGAUCGGCUACUCCCGGCGGCCUCAACGGGCAUUCUGGUAUCGGGAGCAAUGCAGACGCAAUGGACAUUGACGGGCCGACACUGAACGGCAUGGCGUUGGGACAAGCUCUCAACGAGGCGGUAGAACAAGCCUAUGAGGAUGACGAGUACAAGAUCUGGAAGCAAGUCACCAAGAAGGACCGAGCGCUGAUCGCCAAGGAACGCCAUCUGAUGUUCAAGGACAACAAGCUCAACACUGAUGCAUCCGCCCUGCUCAGGAACAAGGCCGGGAUUCGGUGGUACUUGAGAGGACAAAAGGAGGCCGAAAGCCUUGGCGUUAUUGGCCAUUCUCAAGCCGAUUCCUCUGCUGUUGCGGCGAAGGAGGCUGCAAAACCAGCCGAGACCCUUGCGGAAGGCAUGGAGGGAGAAGAGGAAAAGAACGUGCCUGCAUAUUACGAGCCUCUGACCAUGAUCCCGGAUAUUCAGCCGAAGCUCCAGUGGGUCGAGGACGGCGAGGGUCAAGUCAUCAAUCAGCACGAGGAAUAUCUCCAAAUGAUUCCCGAGGGCCACUUCACUGCGCCCAAGAGUAAGCUGACCAGCAAGAUCGACAACAACAUCCGGCAAAUCCAGGAGACCAGGAAACUGUCGAGCAAGAUCGGCGUGAUCAAGCAGAUGCAGAUCCAGACUCAGGUCUACAACAACCAGUUUCCUAAGUCCAACUACGAGGCUUUCAUCGAGCAGGAUGCCGAGCCCUCUUUCAUCGCCGAUACUGGGCCUGUCAUUGCACCAGAGACUUGCCGUAGUGCUUUGCAACGCUCCGUUGCCAAGAUCCUUUACCACACCGGCUUUGAGGAACUUCAGCCGUCAGCCAUUGACACCCUGACCAGCAUCGCGUCUGACUACUUUGAAAAGAUCAUUAAGACAUUCAACAUCUAUCGCGAAGCCGAGAAGAUCGAGGCUACUAACUCCCGCAUUGAAGGAGCCGCCCGAUUUCAGCCGCGAUUCACUCCAGAAGAAGUCAUCCUGCACACGCUAGACGAGAACGGCUGCGACUUGUUGAGUCUGGAAUCCUACGCCAAGGACGAAACCGACCGACUCAGUUCGAAGCUCAGCGGCAUCCAUGAGCGUAUGAAGCUCCACCUUACCGAGCUUCUUCGCCCUGCUCUCACCCAGGAGGCCGGACAAGAUGGUGUCGGUGCCUUCAAGGACGGCAGCGAGCAAUUCGUCAGCGGAGACUUCGCAGAGGAUCUUGGAGAAGACUUUUUCGGCUUCAAGGCUCUCGGCCUGGACAAGGAGAUGGGUCUUGAUAUGCUUUCAGUCCCUCUUCACUUGCUUCAGUCUCGUGUCCGCAGCCAAUACCAGAUGCAGACCCAGGCCGUUGGCGCCGAAGUUACCGACCUCUUCGACUCGCUGCCGCCGGUUGAGCCUCUCACGAAGGAUAACAUUCACGACCAAAUUGGUCUGGUUAAGAAUUUCUUUCUCGCCAAGCUCCACGCUAAUGGUGAUGCCCCCCUGGUUGAGGAUGAAGAGCUUCCUGUCAAGCAACGGCGUCCCAGACCCCGCCUUGGGGCAUCCGGAAAGAUCGUCUCACCGCAGAAGCGGCCGCCCAAAGAACAGAUCGCGCUCGCCAAAAAGAAAAAGAAGAUGGAGUUGGCGGCGCAGGCAGGUGACAAGGGUCCCAAUGCUUCUCCGGAGAAGAAGGGCGAGACCACACCGGCGAAGAAGGUAAAGCACGCCAACAUCAAUGGUGGGGGUAACCCGUCAGGGAUUGUGUUGCCCCCCAGCAUGGAGCGGCACGAGAGUAUGCAGAGUCAGGGCAACGCUAGCCAGACCGACAAGGACGAGCCUAUGGGGAUGAUGAGCCCAGAGAGCAUCGAGAGAUGA